AUGGUCUCUUUUCUGUAUUCUACAGCUCUUGUGGCGAUUCUCUCAAUUUCCAGUAUUCAAGCUAACAAUGAUGCUUGGAACCAGGAUCUUCAGAAGACGUGCGGAACGAAUAUGCCUGCCCACAGCCACUACGCUCGAAAAGUGCUCGACGGAACGCCCGCUCACUACAACGAAUCCCCAUGGUCCGUCGGUGUCUACAUCCCGGACCACGAAAACAAAACCGUCUACAGUACAGCAACGCUCAUUUCGGAUCGCCACAUUCUCACCUACGACUGGAUCUUCUUGACCAACGUGUCCAAUGAAAUCAGAUAUCGUUCGGAUCUUUCAGCUCCUGAUGAGUGGACUUGCAGUAGGAACGAUCCACACAUGGUGCUCCCCAUAAAUCAGAAAAGACAGGUCGCGGUGUUUGCGGACAUUUUGCACGCUGAUCGGCUUUCUGGGAGGAAGCAGUUGGAAGUGGGAAAAGUGAAGAUUAUCAAUGGAUGUGUGAAGCCGCAUACGAUGAAUCGAGUUGCAAUCAUAACCUUGAAGCAUCCAAUUACUGCGCAGGAGAAGGCCAGGCCAGUUUGUGUUGGAUCCGAUGAGGUCACUAAGAACGAAUUCGGGUUCUACGGCUUCGGUGACAAUCGUGGAGAAGUCUUGGAUGCUCGUCUUCGCUACACUGAACUCCACGGGGUCCCUUGUCCAAAUCCAUCCCAUGAAACCUUCUGUGUCAAAUCAAAAGAACCUCUGUGCAACGGAGACUUUGGAGGAGCCGCUGUGAAGAAAAUGGGUGACAAGAUGAAAGCAAUUGGAAUAUAUAUUGAUGGACCGUAUGAGUGUGCCAAGGCUGACAAGAAUACAGUCUACACUUUUGCCAACUUGACAAGCAUUGCCGGACAGAUUUGCGAUCGAACUGGUGUCUGUCCAAAAUACCUUUCGGAGAAGAUCACAACGACAAGAACUACACACCCAACUGCGGUAGUCACUACUACCACUUUGCCACCAUUCACUCUUGCGGGAUCCAUCACCGGAGCACCCACUGAGGUACCACACUCCCCCGGAGACAUCGGAGGAGAUCACGCUGAAGGAGACGGGAUUCCAUACACCGGCACAUCUGUUCCAGGACCAAAUGCUACCAACGACCCCAGAGAUACCACCAACGAUCCUAAAGUGAACUGCGUCGUGGAUGAUGACGAUGAUAUUCACAUCCAUAUCAAGCUUGGAAAGUUCCGUGAGACUGGCAACGAGGAGGACAUCCAGGUGAUUCGUCGUGGACCCAAAAAGCGUGCACAGAAGAUUUGA